AUGAACACAAAUCAGACAUUGUUCAAAGAUUUCUCCAUUCUUCCACUAACAGACCAACCUAAUUUAAAAGGUGUUCUGUUUUGCACAAUACUUUUAAUCUACGCACUUGCUCUGUUUGGAAAUGUUGCAAUCAUUUUGGUCUCAAAGUUGGACACAAGCCUUCAUAUGCCAAUGUACUUUUUCUUGAGGAAUUUAUCCUUUCUGGACAUCUGCUAUACUUCUACCACAAUGCCAAAAAUGUUGCAAUUGCUCUUAGCAGAGAAAAGAUCAAUUUCAUUCCUUGGGUGUGUAGUUCAAAUGUACACAUUUAUUGCCCUAGUAGGAACUGAGUGUGUUCUCCUUGCAGUAAUGUCCUAUGACCGUUUUCUAGCUAUAUGUAUCCCUUUGAGAUAUUCAUCUUGUAUGACUCACAAAGACUGCAUUGCCCUUUCAGCUGUGUCUUGGGUGAGUGGAUUGUUGAAUUCAGUAGUUCAUACUGUGUUCACCUUUCGGCUACAUUUUUGUACUUCCAACAAAAUCAAUUAUUUUUAUUGUGAUAUACCUCCAAUUCUUUCCAUUUCAUGUGAUAAUACUUCAGUUAAUGAAAAGCUCCUUUUGUCUAUUGGGGUAUUUAUAGGCUGGACACCAUUCUUUUGCAUCCUUGUGUCUUACAUAUAUAUCAUUGUAACUAUAAUCAAGAUGAAGUCCACUGAGGGAAGACAAAAGGCAUUUUCUACAUGUGGUUCUCACCUAACAGUGGUGAUGAUAUUCUUUGGUAGUGUAAUCUUUAGUUAUGUGAGACCAAUUUCUACAUACUCUAUGGCCAAAGACAGAUUGAUUUCAGUUCUUUAUAGUGUUGUUUCACCAAUGUUAAACCCUAUUAUAUACACAAUGAAAAAUCAAGAUGUUAAAAAAGCUUUUGAUAGGCAGUUCAUUCAAAGACUAUGA